AUGCCUCACCUCACCCUCCCAGACGGCCGCACACUAGACUACGCCAUCGACGGCGCACAAACCGGCUUCCCGUUCGUCUUCAUACAUGGCACGCCCGGCUCCGUGAAUUCAACGCUGCCAUCUCUGAAAAGCCUGUGCAAGCAGAAAGGCCUGAAGAUCAUCUCCAUGUCUCGAGCCGGCUACGGUGAUUCAAGCAGACACGCCGGACGGGCUGUCAUCGACAACGUAGCGGAUGUCAAAGCGCUGCUCGAGCAUUUGGGCGUGGCGACGUGUGUAGCCGGUGGGUGGAGUGGCGGCGGCCCGCAUGUUCUGGCACUUGCAGCAAAGCUCCCCGGGGUCAAGGCCGCGCUAUGUGUGGCCGGCGUGGCCCCGGCAGAUGCGCCCGAUCUGGACUUCCUUGCUGGCCAAGGGCAGGACAACGUCGACGAGUUCACAGCCGCAAGUGCAGGCGAGGUCGAGCUGCGCAAAUUCCUGGAUCCCCAGCGGGAAGCUCUGCUACAGGCGGACGCCGCUGGGGUGACCAAGGAGAUGUCCUCGAUCUUGCCUGAAGUCGACAAGCAGGCUAUGCUGAAGAACGCCGAGCUCGGUCAGAGCAUCGUUGAUGGCUUUCAGGAGGCAUUAAAGCAUGGCGUGGACGGCUGGUGUGACGACGAUCUCGAGUUCACUAAGCAUGGGGCUUUGACUUGGCCGAGAUCAAGUCACGGACAGUGGCUGGCGAAGCACCUGCCUCAGGAGAAGCUGCGCAAGCAUUUGGUUCAGGGCGAAGGGCAUAUCUCGAUUUUUCUCGAAUAUGUGAAUACCAUGAUAGACGAGCUUCUUGAGGUUGUGCGGGCCUAUUAG